CUUUCCUUUUUAUUUUAUACUUAGGAAUGGAACAUGUAUUAAUAUGCCAGUAUAUUAUAAGUACCUGGGAAGUCAAGGACGGUUCAAAUAUAUUCCUGUGCCAGAUUAUGAUGCUUAUGCUACCGCUGAAAUCGGUCUCAUCAACUACCAGGAAUUUGGGAUUGUAAUCUACAACAUGCAGAUACAAGGAAGAAAGACCAAGUCAGUGGCCUUGUACGGAAGGACAAGGAAACUUAGGAAGGAGAUCUAUGAAGAGUUUAAGGAGUUUGUGAUCAAGCAAGGGAUCCCAGAGAUGAUGGUCUCAUUUCUGCCUACUGAAGGAUCUUGCUCGGAGAACGAUGGUAUUUAGAGCACAGGGAGACAAUGAGCUUCUGGUUGUUCCCAACAAAGUAUAGCUGGAAGUAAGAGAAGAAAACAGUGAAAAUAAUGAUAGAAAUAAUCAUUAUAGUGAUCAUUUCAAGUGAAGCUUCAGACACUUUGGAUGGACUGAUCCUAAAUGCAACUGGCAGAAGGGAGAUGGCAUUUACACAAAUUCAGGCUCAGUAUUGUAACCACGCUUUCAAACUAAUUGAUCAAUAAAACUCUGUAUUGAAAAUC